CCCCCCCUCGACGCCCUCGCCCUCGCCCGCGACUCCGCGACCCUCAUCCGCGCCCACGCCACCAAAGUCUCCCUCCUCCUCAUCAACGAGCCCUUCACCCCCAGCGCAAUCUCCUCCGUCCUGCGCGAACUCAUCGCCGGGCCCAUCCCAGGCCUCGUCGCCUCCGUGCAGGCCUGCGACCCCAACGGCUACACUCUGGUCUUCCGCAACGAGCUCGCGUGGUGGUGCCAGCGCGUGCUGGCCGAGCUGGCCGAGCUCUUGCAGAGGAUACCCAAGGAUGGCAAAGUGCUGAAGAAGGAGAAGGAAGGGUUUGGUGGUGGUGGUGGCGCCGCGGGGGGAGGAGGCUCGGGAAAGGGGAGUAUUGCGUCGACGGGAGUGCUCUGGGCUGCGUGCGACAAGGUCGUCGGGCUGGCGAACGGGGGCGUGGGAGGCUUCUUUGUGGACAAGAUGGGGGAGUGGAAGGAUACGCUUAGCGAUAUCAUGGAGGAGAUGAAGGAAUGGGGCGACGAGGAGCCCGAUGAGGACGACGAUGACGAUGACGAUGAAGAGGAAGACGACGAUGGUGGUGUCAGUGAUCUCGCAGACCAGGUCGGCUCAACACACAUCUCCACCCAAUCCAUGCUCGACAACCUCAUGAACUCCCACCGCACCAUCCCCGCCACAGACCCAGACCGCAUCCGCCCACGCCUCGAAUCCUCCCUCCGCCGUCUGCGCCUCGUCAUCCUCCUCUACCAAGCCAUCACCAAGCGCCGCAUGAAGAAACUCCCUCCCUUUCCUCCUCCUCCUCCUCCUCCUCCUCCCCAAAGCACCAACAAGGACAACAUUGCAGAAAGCGACAAGGUCCCCCGCAGACUAGAUGAACUAUCCGCCCUGCUGCAGAAAUUGCCCGAUCGAUUCGGCGACCUGGCAUGUGCCUUUUACGAGCUGCGGCCCGGGGAAAUCGACGAGGCCAUGGACCAGUGCUUCUUGGAUGCGUUUGCCGUCAGCGAGUUGUUGGCUCAGGCGUGGGAUGGCAAGAGGGAUGAGUUUACCGAGUGGACCGACAAGUUUCGGACGGAGAUUAAGAAGGCGUAA